GCCGGGCCGGUUGGACGGGAGCGGCAGCAGCGGGCGGGGCGGCUCACCGGCCGCCGCAGCGUCCGGGCCGCGGGGCGAUGGCGGCCCCGGGGCGCCGCGGGCACAACGCGGGGCCCGGCGAGGGGCUUGAGCAGCAGCUGCCGUGUCCUCGGAGGCUUUAGGGCUUGUCUCCCCGUUAAACCGCCGUUUCCGUCGGGUUUCCGCUCCUGGCGAGAAGUGCGGUUUGUUUUCUACCUGGAGGAGUCCUGUCCCGCACCCACAAGGGCUCUCCCGAGCGUCACCGGGGCUGCACCGGGCCGUUGCACCCAGAAAGGCUGCUCUCUGGGCUGACAAGCAGGUGCUCCCGCACGGGCGCGGCAUGGCAGCGAGCACGGCCGGCGGGACGGCGGCGGCGGCGGCGGAGGAGCCGGCACAUGCGGUGUCCCUGCUGCGGGGCCUGAGCGCGCUGCGGGCCGAGCGGAGCCUGCUGGACGUGACGGUGGUGGCCGGAGGCCGCGAGUUCGGGGCGCACCGCGCCGUCCUGGCCGCCGCCUCCGGCUACUUCCGCGCCAUGUUCGGCGGGGCGCUGCGGGAGGCGCGGGCCGAGCGGGUGCGGCUGCACGGCGUGGAGCCCGAGUGCCUGGCGCGGCUCCUCGAUUUCGCCUACACCGGCCGGGUGGGCGGGCUGGGCCCCGACAUCGCCGAGCGCCUGCUGCGCGCUGCCGACCUGCUGCAGUUCCCCGCCGUCAAGGAGGCGUGCGGCACCUGGCUGGCGCGGCAGCUGGAGCCCGCCAACGCCCUGGACAUGCAGGACUUCGCCGAGGCCUUUGCCUGCCCGGCGCUGGCCGCCGCCGCGCACCGCUUCGUCCUGCGGCACGUGGGGGAGCUGGGCGCGCAGCUGGAGCGGCUGCCGCUGCCGCGCCUGCUCUCCUACCUGCGGGACGACGGGCUCUGCGUCCCCAAGGAGGAGGCCGCCUUCCAGCUGGCGCUGCGCUGGGUGCGCGCUGACCCCGCCGCCCGCGCCCCGCUGCUGCCCCAGCUCCUGGCUCACGUCCGCCUGCCCUUCGUGCGCCGCUUCUACCUGCUGGCCCACGUAGAGGGCGAGCCGCUGGUGGCCCGCUGCCCGCCCUGCCUGCGCCUGCUGCGCGAGGCCCGGGACUUCCAGGCCGCCCGCCUCGACCGCCACGACCGAGGCCCCUGUGCCCGCAUGCGGCCCCGGCCCUCCACUGGCCUGGCCGAGAUCCUGGUCCUUGUCGGCGGCUGCGACCGCGACUGCGACGAGCUUGUCACCGUCGACUGCUACAACCCGCGCACCGGCCACUGGCGCUACCUGGCUGAGUUCCCCGAGCACCUGGGCGGGGGCUACAGCGUCGCUGCGCUGGGCAAUGACAUCUACGUCACCGGGGGGUCAGAUGGAUCCAGGCUGUAUGACUGUGUCUGGAGGUACAACUCCAGUGUCAACGAGUGGACGGAGGUGUCUCCUAUGCUGAAGGCCAGAGAGUACCACAGCUCCACGGUCCUGGACGGGCUCCUGUACGUGAUCGCCUCAGACAGCACGGAGCGUUACGACCACACGGUGGACAGCUGGGAGGCCCUGCAGCCCAUGCUCUACCCUAUGGACAACUGCUCCACCACCUCCUGCCGCGGCAAGCUGUUUGCCAUUGGCUCCCUGGCUGGCAAAGAGUCCAUGGUUAUGCAGUGCUACGACCCCGACAGCGACCUCUGGUCCCUUGUCAACUGUGGCCACCUGCCUCCCUGGUCCUUUGCCCCAAAGACCGUCACUCUUAACGGCCUCAUGUACUUCAUACGAGAUGACUCAGCUGAAGUGGAUGUUUACAAUCCAGCAAAAAAUGAGUGGGACAAAAUCCCUGCCAUGCUUCAGGUUCACGUUGGGGGGAGCGUGGCCGUGCUCGGUGGGAAGCUGUAUGUGUCUGGUGGCUACGACAACACGUUUGAACUCUCGGAUGUCUUGGAAGCCUAUGACCCCGAGACGCGGAUGUGGAGCGUGGUGGGCCAACUCCCUGAGCCCAUCUUCUGGCACGGCAGCGUCAGCAUAUUCCGGCAGUUCAUGCCAGAGACCACACAGGAGGACGACAGCAUCACUCUGGACAACAGCAUCAACUUGAACAGGCAGCGCCAAAACCUCCACAGCCAGAACCUUAACGAGCUUCGUUAGCAGGGGAAGGUGCAGUUCCCCUGACUCGAUGCGAGUUCCAUAUCCACAACCAGUGUUGCUUUGAGAGGGGCAGAGGCAAACCAGUGCUUGGAAACAGACAUGUACUAAUCAUAGAGGGAGUGAAAACUGCUUGAUGUGCUGCUGCAGAACUGCAGCUGUGAGGCCUCUGCUGUGGCGUCCCUCAGCCCUUCUCUGGGGUAAAGGCGGCGCGCUGCCCCAGAGGAGACCCAGAGGUGGGCUCUGAGGAAAGCCAUCCAGUUGGACAUCACUGCAGCUCACAGCUUUGGUCAGAUGCCUCUCACUGGGGACUCCUUCACCCUGUAACGCUUUCUUUGCCACCAAACUCCUUUCUUCAGUUUCUUUUUCAGGAGGGGUCUGUCUGGUAGGAUGAUGGUCCGGACCCCCACCUCUGUGCUGUGCCUCAGAGGGAGGCAAAGCUGUGCACCCCUUCUGCCUGGGGGGGAAGGUCUCCCCAUGAGAGCUGGGUCAAUAUGAGAGCACAGCCCUCCCUGUCCUGUUGCCGUGGUCCCCAGUUCCUGCUCAUGCCUUCAGAAGAGACAGACCCCCUGUAGCAAGGCUCUCACCAAGGCAUGUUAUGAAGCUUUACUUUUCCCUUUGAACUUCCAUUCUUCCUCUAUUUGAUGGGUUUUUUAAGUUGCAGCAUUAAAACUUUUGCAGGUACUUGUUUUCCAGCUCUUCCUAGAAAAGCACUUUUUCCUUCUAAGAAAUGCCCUUAUUUAUCUUUUAAUCACAUCCUCACAGCUAAUUGCUUUUAUUUCUGACCACCCCAGCUGUUCCCCCCUGUAAGGGUAAGCGGAGAGGCAGGGAGCAGCUCCUGGGGCUGGCAGCUGCUGCCCAGGCACAAGCUGUUCCCCUUACCAGCGCCUCGGGGCUUGCUGAUAGCAGGGCUGAACUAGCCAGAAAAAGCUGUUGCAUGUGGCAAAGGCCUGUUGCUGUUGGUUCUCCUGUGCAGACCUCUCAGGUGCUCUGGUGCCCUCAUGCAAUGAGGGCGAGUGUUUAUUUCUUCACCGUUUUGAAGGGCUGAAGUCUGCAUUGUACAAUUAUAGAAAAAAUCCCAAUUUACUAGGAAAGGCAAGUGCAGCUUCCUUGGGAGGUUCACGACAGCCUUGCAGAAUUGCUGGUGCUCUUUAGAUACCCUGAUGCAGAAUUGCUUUAAAAUGCACCACCAGGCCUUGGGAGGGGUCUCGUGCCUGAUGUGCCUCCAGUGUGCAGGAGCUCUCGGGAUGUGGGCAAUUGGAAAAUGCUGCUGAGGUGUUUUGGUAAAGGGGUAGGAGUAGCCAGAGUGUUGCAGAUUGAAAAGUAGUUAUUUUAGGGAAAUUUUUUUAUUGUUUUUGUUUGGGGUUUGCUGUUUUUUGGCCUGUGUAAGAGUUGCCUUUUUACUCGCCCAAGUGACCUAGCUGGCUUGGGCUGCAGUUCCUGUCUGUGCUGCAGAGAAGCCUCCUGCAGUUAGCUGGUAGAUUAUCAGCUCACCCGGAGGAGCCUGGCGCCUCGGGAAAGCUGUGGUGAGAGAAGGGCUGCAGUGCUGGCUGGGGCAUUGGCCUUUUCCAUCUUUUGUGUUUAAGCGGUAGGAAACAAAAAGGAGUUGAAACUCAGUGCAGAGAUGGAAAGCCCGUGUACUGGAUUGCAGGCCUCUGGCUUGCCCUCGGACUGACCAGUGUCAGAGCCCCACCUCCACGUCAGCAUCUUCACAGCUUUAACAGAAUCUGGUUUGCCUUGAGUGCUGUUUUCUGCCACGCUUCUCAGCUGCGGAGCUUGGAAGGCUGCUCACGACAUCUGGGCUGUUCUCCAAGUCUGAAACUUUGACAGUGCCUUGAAAGUGCCGCGUGCCGGCAGAGGAUCACGGAGGAGCCGCGGCAGCCUCUGUGUUUAACACCAUCCCCGGUGCUGCUGCGGGCGGGGGCGCCCCUGGACCCCGGGCAGGAGAACGUGCUGGGGUCCAUGACUCAGGACGGCUCCUUCGCCUCUGGGAGCAACGGCCACGGAGCUGCACCCCUGCGGCGCCGCGCCCGGCAGCGCUGCUGAAGCGUGUGGCAGAGCGAGGUAUCAAUGCUGAACUAUAAAUAGUGCGCACGCUCGGCUCGUGCUGUAGCGCUCGCUGCUGGACCUGCCACCCCCAGAUUCCUCACCUGCUCAACAGUUAUGGAUCUGUAUUUAUUUUUUGUAAGACUCAUUGUGUUCAAGUCCUUGAGUACAGUUUAAAUACCAUCCUUUGAAACAAAGGCAUUUUAUGUUUACAGAUAAUGUAUUUUUAUUCUCAUAGUUUUAAAUUUACUUGCAGCAGUGAAGUUAAAUAAAAUACGUUACAUCAA